UCAAAAUUGCCUUUUCCCCACGUGUGCCCGCUGCCUCAACAGACACAACACGCACACGCACACACGCACCCAUCCACCGACCAACCGCAGCCAUGGGCGGAAACCUCAAGAACAAGGUCAAGUUCCAGGGCCGCAUCUCCAAGAGCAAGAGCAGCACAAACCCGGAUCGUUCCAACAAGAGCCCUGGCCACAAUGUGCGCACACGCACAACCGUCAACCGGUUGGCCAUGUACAAGAGCGGCGGCAAGGCCAUCCGAAACAGCAAGGGCAAGAUCAUUCGUGCAGCACCUUUCCAGUCCUCCGUCUCGUCUGGCACCAUGGCGCGGAUUGAGCCCAACCGAAGGUGGUUUGGCAACACCCGCGUCAUCGGACAGCAGCAGCUGGAGGAGUUCCGCGAGGCCAUGAACACGGCAAAGCGGGAUCCGUACACGUUUGUCAUGCACCAGAAGAAGCUACCCAUGUCCCUGCUGCGCGACAUGCCUGAGACAACCAACACCAGGAUGCUCAGCACGGAGCCCUUUGAGGCCACGUUUGGGCCCAAGUCGCAGCGCAAACGCCCAAAGAUCAGCGUCGAGAACAUGGCCGACCUCGCACGCGCAUCUGAGGAGAAGCACGAGAGCUACGAUGCUUCAAAGGACAGGGACCUUGUUCAGGAAGAGACAGGCGAGCGCGAGUGCGCGCGCGAUUGGAUCUUUGGUGCUGGCCAAUCGAAGCGCAUCUGGUCGGAGCUGUACAAAGUCAUUGACGCAUCGGACGUCCUUGUUCAGGUGCUUGAUGCGCGCGACCCGAUGGGCACCCGCUCCGAGCACGUGGAGAACUACCUCAGAAAGGAGAAGCCCCACAAGCACCUCGUCUUUGUGCUCAACAAAUGCGAUCUCGUCCCAACCUGGUCAACGGUUCGCUGGGUGGCGUCCCUCUCCGCUGAAUACCCAACGCUUGCCUUCCACGCCAGCAUCAACAACUCCUUUGGCAAAGGAUCCCUCAUCCAACUCCUUCGCCAAAUUGCAUUUCUGCACAAGGACAAGCAGCAGAUCAGCGUGGGCUUUAUUGGGUAUCCAAAUGUUGGCAAGAGCUCCAUCAUCAACACCAUCAUGGGGCAGAAGUCGUGCAAGACCGCGCCCAUCCCUGGCGAGACGAAAGUGUGGCAAUACGUGCGCCUGACGGGCCGCAUCUACCUCAUUGACUGCCCCGGUGUGGUGCCGCCCAGCGAGGAUUCUGAGGCCAACAUCAUCCUGAAGGGUGUGGUGCGUCUGGAGCACGUGCAAGCGCCAGAGGACUACAUCCCCGCCGUCCUCGAGCGCGCCCGCCGCAUCUACAUCAACCGCGUCUACGGCAUCGAGCACUGGAACACGCACAUUGACUUUCUUGAGCAGCUUGCCAAGAAGACGGGCAAACUCCUCAAGGGCGGCGAUCCAAACGUCUCCGCGGUUGCGCGCAUCGUGCUGCAGGACUGGCAGCGCGGGCGCCUGCCCUACUUCAUCAUGCCCCCAGACAACCCCGAGUACAACAAGGACGUCUCCACCAACAACUUUGGUGUCACACAGAAAAUCGAGGGGAUGCAGGUGACGGCGAAGUUUGAUGCGGUUGACCUGCACGGCGCGGCGCUGCUGCCCGAGGGUGAGGAGAAGGACGAGGCGGCGGUGGAGGAUGGAGACGGUGAAGAGAAGGAGCAGGAAGAGGAAGAGGCAGCCGGAAACAAGGAGGAGAAUGAAGAGGAAGAGGAAGCUUUGCCCGAUUGGGAUGACUUGGAUGCAAGCAAUGGCGAUGAAGAGGCAGCGACAGAGGCAGUUGAGGUGAAGGACAGCACCGUGCCGGCGGAUGACAACGAUGCCGACGGUGGUGAUGAUGAUGAUGAUGUGGAGGAAGAAGCGGAAGGGGAAGAGGAGGAUGUUACUGCUGAGGAUGAUGACGAGGAAGAGGAAGAGGAAGAGGAGACAGUGAUGAAGAAGCCCAAGCAACAGAAGGAGAAGAAGGCAGCGAAGGGAAGCAAGAAGCAGCAGCAACAACAACAGCGGCGAGCGGCCUCAACACACAAGGGCUGGACCGUUGAGACACGUGGCGGCAAGCGUGUUGUUGACGACGAUGACGAUGAUGAUGACGACAGUCGCCGUCGCCGCCGUGGUCCAAAGGACAAACGCAUGACCACCAGCAAGCGCCCGGCCAUGAACUACUACGAUGUCGUCAACGUCAAGAACCGCAAACGCCGCCAGCCCGAGGCCAUGAUGCUUCGCCGCCGCAGGAGAAAAUAGCUCUCAUCUGUGUGUGUGUGUCUGUGUGUGUGGGUUCGUGUUCAUCUCACUUUGCUUGGCUUUACCUACGUGCGUUUGAUUGAGUUUCUGCUGAAGUCCUCAAGUAAAUGGUUCACAUCUCCAACA